AUGGACAGUGAAACAAGUGAUAUUGAGGUAGAACUAUCUGACAACGUCUCAGUUGGGGAGGAAGAAUACAUCGACGAUGAUGAUUAUACAGAAGAUCCUGAUGAUCAGAUAGUUACAAACAAAUCAUCCAGAAGAACAGUGCGUAAGAGAGAACCGAAAGGUGUAAGAACCUCUAAGCGUAUCAGGAAUAAAGAACUCACUAAUGAGGUCGAUGAGGACUAUGAUGAAGAUGAGGAAGUAUUGAACCCUUCUAAAAAGCGUCACUUUCAUACCAGAUCAAUGGACAAAAGGCAAGUUGUGACAACAUCUUUUGAAAAUUCUGAUAUUGAAGAUAGUAAAGUCGAUGACAGCGUAAUGGAAGAUGGUGUUACGGAUGAAGAAGAGGGUUCAGAAGAAGGGCAGAGUAGAGGGAGAGACAAAGGGGAGGUAGAAGAAAGUGAAGAAAUUCACUACGAUCAGAAUGAUGUUGGACAAAAAAGGGAGGAAGAGCAAGAUGCAGAAUCUGGAGGCUAUGAAGAUAAUGAAGUCAGUACAAGUAAGGAGUCAGACGAAUUGAGGUCUGUGACAAACGGUAAUGGAAACGAAGAAGACGAUGAAACUGAAGCCACAAAAGAAAAUACAACAGACUCCACUAGAAGCACUACCACUCGAAGCAAGAUGCUGUUAGAUUUGUUGGAAGAUGGUGGUUCUAAAAAGAAAUUAACUGAUGAAGAGAUCCAGUUACGAAGAGCUGAAAACGCACGUAAACGGAAAAAUCUUAGCGAGAAGAGAUUAGAAGAAGAAAAGCAAGAUACAAUCAACAAGCUUUUAAAGAAAAGGGCUGGUAAGUCAAGGAGUCACCUGCCGAACGAUGAUGAAAAUAAUGAUGGCUCCUCAAGUUUUGUAAAACCGCGCAGGCCUUAUAAUAGCGACGGUAUGACAAGAAUUUUGAGGAAUUAUAAGGAAGAUCUGUUCUGUACAUUUUAA